ACGGAUUUAGCUUCAAGCAAAAACGUAUACCCAAAUGGAGUGAAAAUUCGGCGAAAAAUCAUUUCUUGAAGCUGACAAAUAUUAGAAAAAUUGACUUAAAAAGAUGAAUAAUCUGCAGUUUGGAGAUCUGCCACCGGAGCUUCAGUUAAGUAUUUUCGACUGCUUAGAUUUCCGCUCCCGCAUCGAGUGCAGCCUGGUUUGUAAGACCUGGAACCGUCUGGCGAUGAGUGGAUCAUUUAUGAAUAACCAUGUUCUGAUCAAGGUAGAAACCGAUUGCAACUGUAUAUUUUCUGUUAUACAAAAACCGCCAGCCGAUUUCCGUUACACCACCAGUAUCCUACUCCAAAGCGACCGCAAGUACCGAGCCAUGACCAUCCACUAUAAACAUGGUACAACGUUGAGAAUCAAUUCAAUGCGAAGCUUGUUCAGAAAGUUUAGCGAACUGACAUAUUUGAAUAUCGAUCAAAAGAUCAAGAACACGCACGUCGAUUUUCUGCGACAGAUACUGAUUGGCUGCCCAAAGUUGAAAUGCUUGCAGCUGAAUGUCAGGCUUAUGAAGAACAAGAAUCAGAUUAUUAAAACAUUUCCGAAUACUCUCGAGAAACUGAUUCUUUGGGAAACACCAUUAAACGAUUUUUGCCUCCUGAUUAAAAUGUUUUCAAACGUGCCCAAGUUGUCAUUGCAGAAAGUGCGCUUGCAAGCCGCCUACGUAGAAUCUUUGGCAACUCUGAUGCCAGAGUUGGAAACCCUUGAGCUGCAUGAAGUGUACUCGAUCGGAGGCCACUCGCUACACCAGCUGAAGCGACUUAGAAGACUUCGUGAACUCACGAUCGAUUCAUCGCGGUUUUCAACGGGAUUCAAAACCUGGCCCAAACUGCCACCCAACAUCCGCUUUGUCACCGUCAGUAACUGUACCAAUGUGCUGGACGUGGAGCAACUGCGCGAACGCUGGGGACACGCCGAGAAGCUAGUGCUGAACGCUAACAACAUCGAGAAAGGUUCAUCCUGGUGUGCUGCAUUCCUGUGGGAUCUGCUGUAUUCGUAGAAGAUUCGUUUUCAUUUACAGAUUACAUGACGAUCGAUUUCAAUCCUAUGAACUGACUGCGGUUUCCAAUUGUUCCAAGAAAGGGGAAAAAUGACAAAUUAACUUGACCUUUGUUUAACUACUAUAUUUAGUUUGAGUUGUUAUUUGAGAAUGCGUUAAUUGUUGAAAUAACUGAAUUGAACAAACGUUUGAAACGUUGAUUACUUUGAAUAAUACUAAUAAACGAAAAACAUACACUUCAGUUUGGUUUGUUUAUAUUUGCUAGUACACUAGUGUCAUUGCAAUC